AUGGCUUCCCCGCGGAGCUUCGGGCAGCCCGGGCCGCCGCCGCCGCCGCCGCCGCCCGCGCGCCUGCUGUUGCUCCUGCUGCUGCCGCUGCUGCUCCCGCUGAUGCCCGGGGCCUGGGGCUGGGCUCGGGGUGCCCCCCGGCCUCCGCCCAGCAGCCCGCCGCUCUCCAUCAUGGGCCUCAUGCCGCUCACCAAGGAGGUGGCCAAGGGCAGCAUCGGGCGCGGCGUACUUCCCGCGGUGGAACUGGCCAUCGAGCAGAUCCGAAACGAGUCGCUCCUGCGCCCCUACUUCCUUGACCUGCGGCUCUACGACACCGAGUGUGAUAACGCGAAAGGACUGAAAGCCUUCUACGACGCAAUAAAGUACGGGCCGAACCACUUGAUGGUGUUCGGGGGCGUCUGUCCAUCCGUUACGUCCAUCAUCGCAGAGUCCCUCCAAGGCUGGAACCUGGUUCAGCUUUCCUUUGCUGCGACCACGCCUGUUCUGGCCGAUAAGAAAAAAUACCCUUACUUCUUCCGGACGGUCCCGUCGGACAAUGCAGUGAACCCAGCCAUCCUGAAGCUGCUGAAGCACUACCAGUGGAAGCGAGUGGGCACACUCACCCAAGACGUGCAGAGGUUCUCUGAGGUGAGGAAUGACCUGACCGGGGUGCUGUACGGUGAGGACAUCGAGAUUUCAGACACCGAGAGCUUCUCCAACGACCCCUGCACCAGUGUCAAGAAGCUUAAGGGCAAUGACGUGAGGAUCAUCCUCGGCCAGUUUGACCAGCAUAUGGCAGCAAAAGUGUUCUGUUGUGCAUAUGAGGAGAACAUGUACGGUAGCAAAUACCAGUGGAUCAUCCCAGGCUGGUACGAGCCUUCCUGGUGGGAGCAGGUGCAUACAGAAGCCAACUCCUCCCGUUGUCUCCGGAAGAAUCUUCUUGCUGCCAUGGAGGGCUACAUUGGCGUGGACUUUGAACCCCUGAGCUCCAAGCAGAUCAAGACCAUCUCAGGAAAGACUCCGCAGCAGUAUGAGAGAGAGUACAACAACAAGCGGUCAGGCGUGGGGCCCAGCAAGUUCCACGGGUACGCCUAUGAUGGCAUCUGGGUCAUCGCCAAGACGCUGCAGAGGGCCAUGGAGACGCUGCACGCCAGCAGCCGGCACCAGCGGAUCCAGGACUUCAACUACACGGACCACACGCUGGGCAGGAUCAUCCUCAACGCCAUGAACGAGACCAACUUCUUCGGGGUCACGGGUCAAGUUGUGUUCCGGAACGGGGAGAGAAUGGGGACCAUUAAAUUUACUCAAUUUCAAGACAGCAGGGAGGUGAAGGUGGGCGAGUACAACGCUGUGGCCGACACACUGGAGAUCAUCAAUGACACCAUUAGAUUCCAAGGAUCCGAACCCCCAAAAGACAAGACUAUCAUCCUGGAGCAGCUCCGGAAAAUCUCCCUACCUCUCUACAGCAUCCUCUCUGCCCUCACCAUCCUGGGGAUGAUCAUGGCCAGCGCUUUUCUCUUUUUCAACAUCAAGAACCGGAACCAGAAGCUGAUAAAGAUGUCGAGCCCCUACAUGAACAACCUCAUCAUCCUGGGAGGGAUGCUGUCCUACGCAUCCAUCUUUCUCUUUGGCCUCGAUGGGUCCUUUGUCUCCGAGAAGACCUUCGAAACCCUUUGCACAGUCAGGACCUGGAUUCUCACCGUGGGCUACACGACUGCCUUCGGCGCCAUGUUUGCGAAGACAUGGAGGGUCCACGCCAUCUUCAAAAACGUGAAAAUGAAGAAGAAGAUCAUCAAGGACCAGAAACUGCUUGUGAUCGUCGGGGGCAUGCUGCUCAUCGACCUGUGCAUCCUGAUUUGCUGGCAGGCUGUGGACCCCCUGAGAAGGACAGUGGAGAGCUACAGCAUGGAGCCGGACCCAGCGGGACGGGACAUCUCCAUCCGCCCUCUCCUGGAGCACUGUGAGAACACCCACAUGACCAUCUGGCUCGGCAUCGUCUACGCCUACAAGGGCCUCCUCAUGUUGUUCGGUUGUUUCUUAGCUUGGGAGACCCGCAACGUCAGCAUCCCCGCGCUCAACGACAGCAAGUACAUCGGGAUGAGUGUCUACAACGUGGGCAUCAUGUGCAUCAUCGGGGCCGCCGUGUCCUUCCUGACCCGGGACCAGCCCAACGUGCAGUUCUGCAUCGUGGCCCUGGUCAUCAUCUUCUGCAGCACCAUCACCCUCUGCCUGGUGUUCGUGCCCAAGCUGAUCACUCUGAGGACAAACCCAGACGCAGCCACUCAGAACCGACGGUUCCAGUUCACUCAGAAUCAGAAGAAAGAAGAUUCCAAAACAUCCACCUCAGUCACCAGCGUGAACCAAGCAAGCACAUCCCGCCUGGAGGGCCUGCAGUCCGAAAACCACCGCCUGCGCAUGAAGAUCACAGAGCUGGAUAAAGACUUGGAAGAGGUCACCAUGCAGCUGCAGGACACGCCAGAAAAGACUACCUACAUUAAACAGAACCAUUACCAAGAGCUCAACGACAUCCUCAGCCUGGGGAACUUCACCGAGAGCACAGAUGGAGGAAAGGCCAUUUUAAAAAAUCACCUCGAUCAAAACCCCCAGCUUCAGUGGAGCACAACAGAGCCCUCGCGGACGUGCAAAGACCCCGUAGAAGACAUAAACUCCCCAGAACACAUCCAGCGCCGGCUCUCCCUCCAGCUCCCCAUCCUCCACCACGCCUACCUCCCGUCUAUCGGAGGCGUGGACGCCAGCUGUGCCAGCCCCUGCGUCAGCCCCACCGCCAGCCCCCGCCACAGACAUGUGCCACCUUCCUUCCGAGUGAUGGUCUCGGGCCUGUAAGGGCGGUAGGCCUGGGGCCGGGGCCUCCCCCAUGACAGAACCACACCGAGCAGAGGCGUCUGCUGCAGGAGCACGGUCGGAUCUGGCUGCGGAGAGGCGGGGUGCCGCGGCUGGCCUCGCGGGGCUGCUUGGGGGCCCUCGGGUGGACGGGACGGGCGCACCUGGCACCUGACCUCGCGCCUUAUUUGUGAAGUUUUUAUUCUUUCACAAAGAAGAGGAGUGGAAAUGACUUCUUCCUUCGUGUCUGCAAACAGGAGAAACUGGGAUGUUUGAAACUUUGAGGAAACAAGAAUCCUAGACAAGGAAAGAGUCACUAGAACUCCAGCUAGAAGUCACUGAGCAGCCUUGGGAAGAGAAAGGGCUUCUGGGGACACGGCCUCCACCUCUGCACACACGUCACUGGCUGCGGGCCCCCCGGGCCAGCCCUCCUCCCCUCCGGGGAGGGAAGUGGGCAGGGCAGCCAGGCCCCCAGCUGCCAGUGCAGCCCACCCCAGCCUUCCUGGAACAGGGAGCCUGCAGGAAGGGCAGCCAGGCACAGCUCCGCGGUGGGUGGCCGGGCCUGGGGUGCGGGAGCAGGCUGAGCGAUGCCUCCCGGCGGGACCUCACUCUCUGAUAAAUGCCACACAUCAACACAAUAACACGCGUUCUGGACUGUGGGGAUUUAGGGCACGUCACUGCAGACACACUCUGCAGCAUUCACCGACAGUCGGUCACGCACCCACCACGCUGGCCAUGUCCUUGUGUUUGCAUCAGGUGUUCCCGGUAAUAAGGGGGGCCACCUGAGCCAAUCAUGGAAUGUCUGUUCCCAGCAUACACAAAAAAGAAAGAUUGUGCACUUUAACCUCUCUCCAGGGCCCAAGGGCUUGCCGGGUUGGUUUUCCCCCACUGACUUUGUUUCUAACCAAAGUGAAUCAUGGGCAUUCUUCUAGAAGACAUCCCUGUAGCAGCAGGGGAAAGAGCUGCCAGCUGGGGCUUCCCUCAGCUUCCAGAAGGCAGCCUUCAGUCCAGACAAGCCAGUGAGCUGUGCCCAUGGCGGUCACAGGGGUGACCAGUCAGCACACUGAUUCUCAUUCGUAAGCUCACCCUUCCCUUUUCACUGAACCCCAAAGAGCACCGGCCUGAGAGUAAGACAGACCUGGGUUCAAGUCCUCACUCCACUGCUGACUCCCUCCAUGACCUUGGGCAAGUCGUCAGUGUCUCUCUCAGCCUCAGUUUCCCGCCUCCAACAAGUUAGGGUUGAAAUAACACCCAUCCUGCCUACCUCACAGGGUCGCUCUGAGGAUCAGAACUUGAUCUUGUGCAGGAAAGCUUCCGAUCACAUGCGAAGCAGCCCUGACCCGUGAGGUAUCAGGAUGACCAUGACCUUCAACCCCCACAUCAGCCAGGGGAGCGACCCAGGGAAGCUCCCAGCACGGCCCUCUGCCAGGAUCAGCCGGCCGAAGAGAGGCUCCCCAUGACUUUCGUGACAUUCCUAGACAGGUUCACCCUUUGCUAGAGAAAGGCUGAACGACAGCGUCCGGGACAUCCGCACAACCGAGCAGCCGCUCACUCCCUAGAGAAACCUAAUGGCAGCUUCAACAGGCAGGCAAUAAUCUCCUCCCAGACCCCCAAAGUCAGGACCACGCUGCUGUCACCACCAGGCUUUGACAAAAGGGCCCGCAGGAAUCUUAACCGUCGCCUACAUUUCAAAACACUCUAUUUCACGUAGCAUAGCUUUCCUCUCCCCUCCCCCAAAGAGAGGUUACGGAGGUACUGUAGCUUUUAGGGGAAAAAAAAAAAACAAUGUUAACACAUCACAGGUCAAGUUGAAGUCAUUGUCUGUUUCGGCACUAAAAAUCGGUGUUGUCACUCACUGUGUAUUACCAGUAUUUACUUGCUUUCUUGGUUUCACCAACAUCAGAUUUAAUUUAAAGGGCCACACUAAUUUUUCAAAGAGAAGGAGACGAUUCAUUGUACAUAAUGUAUACACACACACAAACACCUGUAGAAAUAUUACUCCAGCGUAGCAAGGGAAGAAGAGACGAAAGCGCCGGCCAGUCGGCGGGAGCUCGCGCAUCUGUGACCCGUUGUGACUCCUGAGCGUGCACAGUCUUCUAGGCUAACCCACGAAGUACACUCUCUGUCUUGACGAUACUGUAGGUUCGCCCAUUUUUUUUUAAAUUUCCCUGCAAAUAAGACCCACAGAAGUGACUCUAGCUAUGUACCGGUCUGUUCUUUUCUACACAGCAAACACACCGUCCAUCUCCAAAAAGGCUUCAGCCUGAAGGUGUUUUCCAAUGAUGUUAGUGCACAAACGCUUUAAAUUAGACUGGAACUGCCAGAAUCCAAUGUAAAUGAGGAAUUUCUUGAACCCCUAUUGCAUGGUAUCAAUUUUUAAUAAA